AUGGAGGAUCCACGGGACAAUCCCAACCCCCGCAACUCGCGCAGUGACCACAGCGGUAACCGAUUGUCGUCACUGCGUCGUCAUUACCACAGUGAUUCUGAGGAAAGCGAUCAUUUUUUCCCCGAGCAUCUUCAAGUAAUUGAACUGGAACCCACGUCAUUCAUUACUGAAAAAGAUGCGCCCCUCGUUACUGAGGUCUUUGAGUCGUGUGACAGUUCGGAGGACGUGACAUUGGAAGCUCCAGUUGGCGUGGAAGUUGAACUCUCCGGGCCUGGUGUUCUCCGUGGGGUUCGCAUUCCCACUGGGAAGGUGAAGGAAAAGUUGGACUCGAAGAACAAACAAAUUUCGCGCUUGAAGUCCGUUCGAAACGGUGAGCCACCCAAAACAAACAUGAAGUUGAAUGAGCGUGGUAUUAUGAGCACGAAGCGCAACAAACCGGUCAUGAGGACACGUGAACUGAACAGUAUAAGUGACGAGGAAUAUCGCCGUUAG